UUCAUCUUCUGAUGAGUCUCCCAUCCGUUUACACCAUUCAACGGCAUGACAACUUACAAUAAAUCUAAGGCACUGUCUAGCCAUGACAUCGCCACAGUAACUAUUGCUGGAUGUUUCAACAACUUCCUGGAUGGCUCUCAACCCAACCUUACUCUGCGAAGGGGCACUCCUUUUCCCAAUAAAGAAGACGUAGAGAGACCCACCGAAAGAUUUGAAAUAUUGAAGAUAUCGCCGGUAGCCUUGCGCCCCACGGUCAAUGACUUGGAUCGUCCUUCCGGCGACAAGCUUCAUGCCCACUUGUUGCUCGGAGAAACACCUAUCGCACAAGGCGAAUUUGGCAUCAUCUUGGAGGCCAACAUAGACUUCUCAUCUUCUAGUCCUGAGCUUGCUCGAAUGAAGUUCCCGCCUCUCGUCGCGAAGGUCUGCCGGCCAAGGAAAUACUACAAGAUCCCGAGAGAAGCGUUCUACUAUGAGUACUUGGAGUCUUUGCAAGGCUCUGUCAUCCCUCGCUACUAUGGUCUAUUCCAGGUGACCAUUCCUGAGGGAGUCGCCUUCAAAUACUGGCCUGUGGAGAAAUCCCGCAUAGAUAGUUUUGAGCUGGAAACCUAUUGCGAAGAUUCGGACGAUGAGGAUCAUAUUGCAUAUCCACGUCUGCUGACGCUACUGCUCUUGGAACUCCUCGGGGACCCUCCCUCGCACCGAACUACAAUGGACGCUCUGGAGAGUCUGAAAUCGCAAGCAUUCGACAUGUUCUCUGAACUAUCCCAUUUCCGCAUUAAGCACGGUAACAUCCAUGCUCAUAAUAUCGUUAUGGCAGCACCUCGUCUGCCGGACUUUCCAAACUUACCGUCCCCACGUCAUCAGAGGACGUACGAUUGGCGACUGAUUGAUUUCAGCCUCGCACGUAAGACCGACAUCCCUGAAUAUGUUAUGCUGAUCGAGGCCAGAGAAUGUUUGGACAGUUGGUUGGAUGACGUCGAGAUGGACAUCAGGAUUGCAUCCACAAAGGAGUAAGAGACAGUCGGAUUCAAAUUUUCUAUGCCUCAUUCACGAAGUCGAUAUAUGAAUUGCGGGAUUGCCCAUUCCGAGUGAGAAUCAAAGGUCUCUUAGGGACGGUAUACGUUAUCUGGGCAAUGUCGCAGUUUGUCUAAUAGCUCGUCGCAACUGCGAAAGUAGUUUCGGCACAAUGUUGUUAGGUCGUACGCCGUGACCAUCACACUGGCAACGAAUCGAAUCGAUCAAAAAUGAUUUGAGGAGUUGACCAUUGGAACUUCAUUCUCCAACCAGACGUCAAUUACACCACCUUCAGUGCAAGCAUGAUCUUCUCAUAGAUAGUAAACACGAUUCCUCCACUCAGCUGU